AAGAGCUCGAGCGGCACGUGUAGAUGAGCAGUGAGCACAAGUGUGAUGUGCACUCGUUUAUUCUCGCUUUACAACAACUGCUUUUGUGCUGUAGAGAUCGUUCAACAUCGGUCGCAUCGGGCCGGUCGAGCAUUUUACACUAAAUAUCCAAAUAUCUCCUCAGAUAAUCACCCGCGUGUGAUUGGCAGAAUGAAGUAUAUUCUGGUGACGGGCGGCGUGAUCUCGGGCAUCGGGAAAGGCAUUAUAGCCAGCAGCGUGGGAACCAUCCUCAAGUCCUGCGGCCUACGCGUCACAGCCAUCAAGAUCGACCCCUACAUCAACAUCGAUGCAGGGACCUUCUCGCCAUACGAGCACGGUGAGGUGUUUGUUUUGGAUGAUGGGGGAGAGGUGGAUUUGGAUCUGGGCAACUAUGAGCGUUUUCUGGACAUCAGGCUCACCAAAGACAACAACCUGACCACCGGAAAAAUCUACCAGUCCGUCAUCAACAAAGAGCGCAGGGGAGAUUACCUGGGCAAAACCGUACAGGGUGAGACGGCGGUCUUAUGCACUUUCACAAUGGCCUAG